AUGACCGCCCAACAGUCGCUGCGGGGCAAAAAUGCCAUCGUGACCGGUGGGUCCCGCGGCAUCGGCAAAGGAAUCGCCCUUGAACUCGCCAGUCGUGGCGCCAAUAUCCUCCUGACAUACAACAGCUCCCGUCAACAGGCCGAAGAGGUCGCUUCGCAGAUUCGGAGGGUCGGAGUAGAUGCAAUCGCAGUUGAAGGCAAAGCGGAUGAUUUGUCGGCACCGAAAAACAUCGUCGAUGCAGCCGCUGAGCGAUGGGGCUGCAUUGACAUCGUCAUUAACAAUGCCGGCGCUCGAGAAGACUACCCCGUCGAGGCAAUGACAUAUGAGGCAUUUGAUCGCCAAAUCGCGGUGAACCUGCGAUUCCCGGUAUUUCUCAUCAAAGAGGCGACGCGACAUUUUGGAAAGACGCCGCGCAUUGUCAACCUUUCGAGUGUGUAUGCUCGGGAUGGGCAGCCGGGAUGUCUGGCAUAUGUGGCAAGUAAAGGCGCCAUGGAGAGUCUCACGCGAUCUUUGGCCAAAGAGUUGGGACAUAAGUACAACGCAACCAUUAACUGUGUGAGUCCCGGCCCGGUAAAUACCGAGCUGUGGGCCUCUACCCUUCAAUCUGAAGAGAAAGAGCAAUGGGAUCAGGUCAUUCAAAGUACCCCUGCUGCGCCGAGGGUGGCAGAGGUGGAUGAUAUUGCUCAGAUUGUCGCGUUUCUCUCCGAAGAAGGGAGUAGAUGGACUACGGGGAGCUUGAUCAAUGCUAACGGAGGGCUCCUGUUUGUUUAA